AUGGAACCUUUGGAUCGAGGUAGCUGGUAUUAUUUCAACAAGAGGACAAAACAAUGUAGAGGCUUCCACUAUACGGGAUGUGGAAAAAGUGGAAAUAAUUUCCUGACCAAAGAAGAAUGUCAUGAGAAAUGCGAAAAGCGUUAUCCACGAAGUGUCGCCCUGCCUCAGCCAGCUGCAUUACCUCGAAGUAAAAAGAAAAAACCAUUUAUGCGUCUUUCUGCAGGCUAUAGUGGAACGAAACCAGUGGAGAAAACUGCGAUGCUCAGGCAUGUUGUGCUUGACGGUGUAAAUAGAACUUACUACAAAAGUGAUGCUGUAUGGAUAGAUUACGCAUUUUGUGUUGGUUACAGGUAUAAUGUCUCUGGAAAGGAUACCGUGCUCAAUGUGCAUUUCUGCUCAGACAAUACCAAUUCCGAAUGCAUCAGUCAGGCAAGUUUUCUAUGGUUCACAGGACAACUGAUGGCGAGGAAUUCUGUAAUGUGCAGCGUCCUUUUCUCCGCGGGACUAACCUGUACACCUGGUAUUUUACCACUGAGAUCAAAGAUUCCUUCAGCUCAAAGAACUCCACGUCACAUCAUUUACAGCGAAAUCACGAGACUAUCGCCGCCAUUUUACUACUUAAGCCUAAUCAUUGCCAUGACAUCUGCUAAUGUUCACAGGACAACUGAUGGCGAAGAAUUCUGUAAUGUGCAGCGUCCUUUUCUCCGCGGGACUAACCUGUACACCUGGUAUUUUACCACUGAGAUCAAAGAUUCCUUCAGCUCAAAGAACUCCACGUCACAUCAUUUACAGCGAAAUCACGAGACUAUCGCCGCCAUUUUACUACUUAAGCCUAAUCAUUGCCAUGACAUCUGCUAA